GAACCUUCUGGUUCAAGGGCAGGGAAAGUUACCAGUUUAAUUCCAGCAGAUCAUUAGCGACUCAGAACUGGGAAGGGGGUUCUAAGGCCAAGGAGGGGUGCGAGCAGACCUCCGAGUGAGGCAGGGAGGGCUGGCCCGGAAUGGAGACAGCCAGGGUCCUGCUUCAGCCUAGGAGCUAGGAUGGCUCGGAUGUGGAGAACCCUCGUCUCCUAAUGGCGCACAAGUUUCUGGAACCUGGUAUCUAUCUCUAUAACCUCCUCACCGGGGAACUCUCGGAGGAGGACUUGCUCCAGUGACCCCCAGUCAAAGUCUGUGGAACGGCAGCAGGAACACAGGGCUACUGGAUGGACCCUUCCCAGGCCGCGGGGCGGCCGAGAGAGCGGCGGCGGGAACGCGGGGGGCCCCACGCUGCCGCCACGCUGGUAGUGCAAAAGCCCAUUCCCUUUCUCAUGCCCCCUCCCCCGAACCCUGGAAGCUAGCCUCGGCCGGCGCAACGCGCAGUUCGGACAGCCAGGAGUCCCUCGACUCGCCACCGAUUCCCCUGGGGCUGCAGACCUGGGGGGCGGUGCGGGUGCUCAUUUACACCCGGGUUCUUCGCGCGCACAGCCACGGGCUCGGAAGCGGCCGGGUCCCCCAGACCUGGACGGCGAAGCCGCACCUCACUCUCCACUGCCAGGCCGGGCGCGCUUCCGUCCCCGAAGGGCAGCACCCGGUGCCGGCCAGCUCCCGCCAGUCGGCCCUGCCCUGUCCGCCGUCCCCAGCCGCCGCGCCCUCCCGGCGCCGCCUCCUCCUGUAAAUACAGUGGCGGCCCGCCCUCCGCAGGUGGGAGCCUGCGGAGGGGUUCUGCGAUCAGCCGGCUGCCCGCGGCCGGCGCUGCACCGCUGAGCGCCUACCCCGAAACCCACGCCAGGCUCCCGGGAAGCGCCCCGGCGCGGCCAGCACGCUCGCUAGACGGAGCCGCAGAGCUGUGGGCACCACUGGAGGGAAAGGAACACACCCCACCCCUCCCUGGGGCGGGGGCCUCUCCUGGCCAUGUCUCCUGCAGCCGCUGAACCAGGCGGGGCCCAGCAAGACAGGCAUGUCAGCAUGCUCAUUUUCUUCCUUUUCGUCUUUGGUGCCAUCCUGCUGUUUGUGGGAGUCCUGCUCUCCAUCUUCGGGUUCCAGGCAUGCCAAUACAAACCCCUCCCGGACUGCAGCAUGGUGCUGAAGGUCGUCGGGCCUGCGUGUGCCGUGGUCGGGCUUGCGGCUGUGAUCCUGGCCCGCUCCCGGGCACUACGUCAGUUCCGUGAGGGGCGCCUUCGAGGCCACCAGGCGGACCCUGACCAAGCCUUCAUCUGCGGAGAGAGCCGCCAGUUUGCCCAGUGCCUCAUCUUUGGAUUUCUCUUUUUGACCAGCGGCAUGCUCAUCAGCAUACUGGGCAUCUGGGUCCCUGGCUGUGGUCCAGACUGGGAGCAGGAAACGCUGAAUGACACAGACACUGCCAACGAGGAGCCCCAGAUCUGUGGGUUCCUGUCCUUGCAGAUCCUGGGGCCCUUGAUUGUGCUCAUGGGAUUGUGUUUCUUCGUGGUGGCCCACGUUAAGAGGAGAAACAACUUGGGUGAGGACCAGCAUGCCUCCGAGAGUGAAGACAGACAGACCCAGAGCACGGAGCCUGUCCAGGUCACCGUAGGUGAUGCCGUGAUAAUAUUCCCGCCCCCUCCACCACCUUACUUUCCUGAGUCUUCAGCUGCUGCAGCGCCUCGAAGUCCUGGGGCUAACAGUUCGCUUCCAAAUGAAAGUCCGCCUUCCUAUUACAGUAUUUUUAACCACAGCAGGACCCCGGCUCCUGAGGACCAAGGCACUGCCUCUGUGAGGGAGCACGUGCCCAUAUACACUAUUUCUGGGGCUCCUCCAUCCUCGGAGAGCGCACACACUCCACAGCUCUCGUCUGAAUCGCCUCCCAGAUAUGAAGAAAAAGAAACUGCUACAGCCACAGCCUUGUCUCCUUCUCCUCCGCCUCCCCCACCAUGAACUAUGGACUCCAGUUCAGUUUUAUAUAGAACCAAUCACUAUUUUAUUUAACUUUUUUUUUUUAAUAAAAAAUACAAUUGCA